AUGACAACUGAUCGUAAUUUUAUUUUUGUUUUAAUAAAUAGUAGUGUAUCCAUGGAAGGUGAUCGAGUUCCAUGCCAAUUCAAGAAUUUACAAUCAAAUUCAAAUGCAGCUCGUAUGAUUUACAAAAAUAUAAAAGCUAAAUUAGCAUUAACAAAAACGACUCAAAAAGUUUCAUUAGAACAAUCGGAUAUCGAACAAACAAGCAGUUAUGAUCGUAAAUUAGCAUAUUUUAUACGCUUUCAUUUGCGUGAUAUUUUGACAAGUGAUCAUCGUCAAGUUUGGUUUAAUAUACAGACAAAAGCAUUUGAUGAUAUUGAAGAUCGUACUCAAAUUUUGAAGGAAAUUCCUGAUGAAAUUCGUGUAGUGUAUAGUUUUGGAGCCAUGCUCUCAUGUGAUACUUUUAUUGGACAUACAGAUGAACGAACUCUUGCUAAUAUUUAUGUUCCAAAAUAUCCCAAAGCAAUUAAAUUAGAAACAGCAACAUAUUUUCUAACAAUUCAAUUCAAAAAUAUAGAUUCACAGAUUUUAAUCAAUCAUUCUGCGAAUGAUAAUUCAAUUCAAAUUAUUUUUAUGCUGAAAUCAUCACCAAUCAUCGAAAAACGAGAAGGAACAAAAAAUUGUGAUCAUACACAAUUGAUGAGCAAACUUCCACUAUGCAAUGAUUUACUUGUAAGAUUUUUUCCGGCUAAUACGGCAUGGAAAUUUUUACGCAAUUUACCGAUUGCUGGUUAUUCUCGAAGAGUAUCAGAUGAUUUAUUUCAUAUAAAUUUUGCUUUAUUUCGUUGGCAAAAAGAUUCAAGUAGUUUUUCUCCUAUGGGUAUGCCAUCAUAUCCUUCUGCUUACGAUUCCUAUGGUAUGGAAAUGCUUUGGUCAUUGGGUUAUUUAUUUCAAGAUAAAUACAAUGCUGAUUCUCAAUCAAUAGUUGGUAUUCAGCAAAAAAAAUUAUAUGAUGUAUGUUGUACAAUAUGGCGUAAUCUAAAACAGAAUCAUUGUUAUCGAAUUAAAGAUGCAUUGAAUGAUACAACUUCAAAAACAAAUCAUGAAACUUCUAAUGAAUCAUCACAAUUAAAAGAAAUAGCAUUUGCAAUUAUAACACCAAACCGUAUUGAAUAUCAACCUAUGCAAAUGACACGUUGUCAUCGAGGAUUUGAAUUAUAUCCUCCGGAGGAUUGGUUACUUGUUCACAUACGUAAUUAUAAUGGAAUAGAUAAAAUUAAUAAUCUAGAUCUUCAAAUGCGAGUACGUUUUAGAAAUUUCAUGAUAAAAGGUAUUGUUCGUGAUAAACGUUAUUUUCAAUAUUUUGGAUCAUCGGGCAGUCAAAUGAACGACCAGGCUGGUUGGUUUCUAUCACUGCCUCAUGGAAAAACCAUGGAAUCAGCACGUGAACAAAUUGGAGACCUGUCAAAAAUUCUCAAUGUAUCUACUUAUAUUGCACGAGUUGGUCUAUAUCUGACAACAUUAAAGUCAACCGGGAUCAAACUAACUUAUAUUAAUGAGUCAACUGACACCAAUGAAAUGCCAUAUUUAGAACGAACAUCUACUAUAUUCUCACGUCUGACAUCAGCAGUGAGACGACUGUUUUAUAAAUCUAAAAAUGAGAAAAUAGAAUAUACGGCUACCAUCAUUCCAGAUAUUGAACACAAUAGAUUUUGUUUCACUGAUGGUUGUGGUAAAAUUUCGCUUGGUCUUGCGAAAAAGAUCGCACGAAAUAUUGGUAUUCAAAUUAACGAAAAGUCGGAUAUACCAUCGGCUUUUCAAGUUCGAAUAGCCGGAUGUAAAGGAAUGUUAUCAAUCGAUCCUAAAUCGAAAUCAAAUGAAUUCUAUAUUAAAGUUCGAAAAAGUAUGGUCAAAUUUGAAAGUGAUGAUUGGAAUCUUUAUAUUGUUGACCAUUCUCGACCUAUGCCAUUGAGUUUGAAUAAUCAAGUUAUUCGAUUAUUGAGUGAUUUGGGCAAUAGCAAUGGUGUAUUCGAGUCUAUUCAAGUACGAUGUAUUGAUCGAAAAGAAUUUUGGCAUCCACCAGCGAAAUGUUAUUUAAAUGCAUUAGAUUCUCUUGAUCGAUUAGUAAUAAAGGAAAAUCAACAAAAAUAUAAAAAUGCGAAAAACUUUCUUAUUCGUAACAAAAUUCCAUUGCCUGUAAAUGAAGCUCGAUGUCUAUUCGGCAUAGCCGAUGAAACUGGAACAUUAAGAUCAGGAGAAUGUUUCAUUCAGUAUCGUAGUCUUGAAAAUUCGUCAAUGUCCGAAAAAUAUAUUGUACAUACAGGUACUGUAUUAGUCACUAAAAAUCCAUGUCUUCAUCCGGGAGACAUCCGUAAACUCAAAGCAGUAGGUGUGCCAAAGCUUGAGUCUUGUAUACGCGAUUGUAUUGUAUUUUCUGUUGAUGGUGAUCGACCUAACUUCAAUGAAAUGGCUGGAGCUGAUCUUGAUGGUGAUCAGUAUUGGGUUUAUUGGGGUAAUGAGUUUCAAAUUGAUGUAGCUGUUGAACCAUUAUUUUAUCCAUCCACCAAGAAAUCUUGUGUCCGUCGCGUAACCAACGAACUCAUCGUAGAUCAUGUACUUGCUACAUUCACGGAUACAGCACCUGGUAUUAUCGCUAAUACACAUUCAGUUAUUGCUGACAAACAUUCCGAUGGUACACUUUCGAAAGAAUGUGAAGAAUGUGCUCGACUGUUUGCUCGAGCAAUUGAUGCGCGCAAAACUGGUGAAAAUAUUAAUUUGACACCUAUUAUGCAACUUAGAGACAAGUACUGCCAAACGUAUCCAGAAUGGAUGAUGAAAUUCGACAAACGAACGAUGGAUCCACCGAGUAAAUCGAUUAAUGAGAUUCUUUAUCGAAAAGCUCAAGAAGCAUGGAUACAUCCAGACAAAUAUAACGAUACUCUGCGAUAUUUUCCUGUUAUUCAAAAUCCUAUGGAUGAAAUAGCAAUUGAUAUAGAUGAACCAGAUGCUGCUCUAGAACAAGAGCAAACCGAAACCAAGAAAGGAUGCUGCCAAUCAUUUUAUAUUCAACGUUAUCAACACAUUUAUAUCUUACAACCAAUGUCACAGUUAUUGAGAUUCAAACCACCAGAAAUAGAUCGUCACGAACUGAUAGAACUAGAACUUUGGAUUUAA